GCGCCGCGCCGCGCCGGCCGGAGGGGGCCGCAGCCCGGACCAUGGCGGCGGCGGCGGCGGCCGCGGCGGGCGCCGAGGGGCGGCGCGCGGCCCUGGAGGCGGCGGCGGUGCCCGAGCGGGGCGGCGGGAGCUGCGUGCUGUGCUGCGGGGACCUGGAGGCCACGGCGCUGGGCCGCUGCGACCACCCGGUGUGCUACCGCUGCUCCACCAAGAUGCGGGUGCUGUGCGAGCAGCGCUACUGCGCCGUGUGCCGCGAGGAGCUGCGCCAGGUAGUCUUUGGGAAGAAGCUUCCUGCCUUUGCCACGAUCUCCCUCCACCAGCUGCAGCAUGAGAAGAAAUAUGACAUCUACUUUGCUGAUGGAAAAGUUUUUGCCUUGUACAGGCAGCUGCUUCAGCAUGAGUGUCCACAGUGCCCUGCGCUGCCGCCGUUCGGCCUCUUCGGGGACCUGGAGCAGCACAUGCGGAAGCAGCACGAGCUCUUCUGCUGCAAGCUGUGCCUCAAGCACCUCAAGAUCUUCACCUACGAGCGCAAGUGGUACUCGCGCAAGGACCUGGCGCGACACCGAAUGCAGGGGGACCCCGACGACACGUCACACCGUGGACACCCGCUCUGCAAGUUCUGUGAUGAGCGCUACCUGGACAACGACGAGCUGCUCAAACACCUGCGCCGCGAUCACUACUUCUGCCACUUCUGUGACGCGGAUGGGGCCCAGGACUACUACAGCGACUACGCCUACUUGCGUGAGCACUUCCGGGAGAAGCACUUCCUGUGCGAGGAGGGCCGCUGCAGCACGGAGCAGUUCACGCACGCCUUCCGCACCGAGAUCGACCUGAAGGCCCACAGGACCGCCUGCCACAGCCGGAGCCGCGCCGAGGCCCGCCAGAACCGGCAGAUCGACCUGCAGUUCAGCUACGCGCCCCGGCACUCGCGCCGCAACGAGGGGGUCGUCGGGGGUGAGGACUACGAGGAGGUGGACAGGUACAACCGCCAAGGCCGUGCUGGCCGGGCCAGUGGUCGUGGAGCCCAGCAGAACCGUCGAGGAAGCUGGAGGUACAAGAGGGAAGAAGAGGACCGGGAAGUGGCAGCGGCCAUUCGGGCCUCGGUGGCCGUGCAGCAGCAGCAGCAGCAGCAGCAGCAGCAGGAGGCACGCAGGAGUGAGGACCGGGAGGAGGGUGGCAGAGCCAAGAAGGACGAGGCAGGGGUGCGGGGGCUCGAGGAGCUCCGAGGCCCCCGGCGGCCGCCCCGGACUCAGGGCGAAGGUGCAGGCCUCAAGGAGGCCUCGCCGAACGGUCCUGUGAGCCCAGAGGGCACCCCAGCAACCGGCCCAGCCCCAGGGGCUGUCCUUCCAAGCACCCUCCCGCCUCCCACUUCGAAGCUCAAGGAUGAAGACUUCCCCAGCCUCUGCGCCUCCACGUCCUCCUCCUCCUCCUCUGCAGUGGCGGCCCCAGGCCCCGUGGGGCUGGGGCUCACCUACCCUGUCCCUGCCAGGGGUAGGAGCACCUUCCAGGAGGACGAUUUCCCUGCCCUGGUGUCCUCCGCCUCCAGGCCCAGCACUGCCCCCACCAGCCUCAUUUCUGCCUGGAAUGGCAGUGGCAGCAAAAAGGUGGCACAUCCCACCACGGGGGCCCCGGCUGCCGGCGGGAGCAGCCAGCCUGCCAGGAAGGCUGGGAAGGGGGGCAAGGGCAGCAAGAAGGCCGGGCCGCUGCCCUCAGAGGAGGAGGGGGAGGACGGCCGCACCGGCCUCGCUGCCCAGGAGCCGCGGAGUGCGCCUGCCGCGGUAGCCGCCUCCUCCCUUCCGGCGCCGGCCUCCACCCGGACCCUCACCAAGGUCGGCAAGAAGCAGCAGCUGGGCUCGGAGAAGCCGGGUGCCGCCUCGCCGCCCCCACUGCCCCCUGACAAAGAUGGGCUCCCUGGGGCUGAGCAGACCCCCACCAUGAGCGCUGGGAGAGCCGAGGGGCCCGUUGCCCUCAUCGUCAACGGACAUACAGAGGGGCCAGCCCUGGCUCGCAGCGCGCCCAAGGAACCUCCUGGGCUCCCACGGCCCCUGGGGCCUCUCCCCUGCCCCACACCCCAGGAAGACUUCCCGGCGCUUGGAGUCCCCUGUCCACCCAGGAUGCCCCCUCCCCCAGGCUUCAAUGCUGUGGUGCUCCUGAAGGGCACUCCGCCCCCACCUCCCCCUGGCCUGGUGCCCGCCAUCAGCAAGCCACCCCCUGGCUUCUCAGGCCUCCUGCCUGGCUCCCACCCAGCCUGUGUCCCCAGCACCGUCACCACCACAAAAGCGCCCAGGCUGACAGCUGCGCCCCAGGCCUACCUGGUGCCUGAGAACUUCCGGGAGAGGAACCUGCAGCUCAUCCAGUCCAUCAGGGACUUCCUGCAGAGCGACGAGGCCCGCUUCGGCAAGUUCAAGAGCCACUCGGGGGAGUUCAGACAGGGCGUGAUCUCCGCAGCCCAGUACUACAAGAGCUGCCGCGACCUGCUCGGGGAGAACUUCCAGAAGAUUUUCAACGAGCUGCUGGUGCUGCUGCCCGACACGGCCAAGCAGCAGGAGCUGCUGUCCGCACACACGCACUUCCGGGGCCGGGAGGGGCCUCCUGGCGCCAAGGCCAAGAAGAACAAGAAGAGCGCGUGGCAGGGCAGCGCCCGGCCGGCGGGCCUGGACUGCUGCGUGUGCCCUACCUGCCAGCAGGUGCUCGCGCACGGGGACGUCAGCAGCCACCAGGCACUGCACGCCGCCCAGGACCGCGACUUCCCCUCCCUGCAAGCCAUUGCCAGGAUCCUCACGUAGCUCCCGCCAGCGUGGGCAGGAGCUACCACACCCAGGAGCCUCCUUCCUCCUCCCGGGCUGCCACACAGCCAGGUAAGGCCCUGGUGAGGCCACCCGCUCUGGCCCCUCUGCCGGCCAGCCCGCUGGGCUCGCCAGGAAGGCCUGCCUGCCCUGUCCGCACACCAUCACGUAGGAGUCCAUCUGGUUUCCUCCUGGGAAGCGCGAAGACCUCACCCUCCAUGGUGGGCUGGGCCGAGUUUGAGUUCUCAUGCUUUUGGAAGGUGUGAGGGGAGGGAAGGGCCGGGAUGCGGGAACCUGUCCGUGCUGUCAGAGCUAGUGACAACAGCGGCGCUCUCCAGGCCCCCCAAGCCCGAGGGCUGCAGCGCCGCGGCCCCCCAGCCAGAAGCUGUGGAGCCGCCGGUGCCAGAGUCACGUGUUGAGCGUGUUGUGUAAACAGUUGGCUGUUUCGUGAUUCAAGAACGUUCAGGAUUAAAAGCAGACACGAAAUUGUGCUCCUCGAAGUUGAAUCUUUGUAUGAGACAGCUGAAUCCGGGAUCUCAAAUUGCCUCUGACCUUUUAUAAGACCGUGUAUCUUCAAAUAAAUUUAUUUUGCAAUAAUGCA